GCCCUACUCAACAUUAGACUGGUGGCAUUUGGAAAAAUUGUUGUUGCAACUUGCACUUUUGACUUCACCAAAAAUAUAAUACAAUAUAGGAAUAAUAAAUUAACUUUAAAUAGGUACAACGAAAACUCCUACGUCUUAUCGACUCAUAAUUACUAUUUAUUUGGGAAUUGCGAUUUACUUAGCUGCAGCUAAACAUUUCAGAAAACAAACAGGAGAUAACAUUAAUCAAUCCUCCUAAAUGCAUUUUAUUUGAAUGACAUUAUGGAUAAUAACGAUAAAAACGCAGAAAAGCCUGAAAAACCUGAAGAAAGCAAUAUUGCAAAUCAAGAAUAUUUCGAAAUAAAAAUCCCUUUAAACUUAUUCCAAUAUCUUAGUGCUGAGGGUUGUGAUCUGCAGAACUUAUGUCGGAUCUGUUUGUCUCUUGAUAAUGACGUGAUGUUUCCAAUGUGCAAUAAAGACAAUAGUUUAUUAUCUGAUAUGUUUACUAAUUUCACGUCCAUACCGGCUUAUGUAGGUGAUGGUCUGCCUUCGAACAUUUGCACCUCAUGUCAAGCUCUAGUUGUUAAUUGCUAUGAGUUCAAGGGUCUAUGCGAAAGAUCUGAUUAUACUUUAAAGUCUAUUUUAAAAGGUGAAUUCACAGCCAAAGAUGAAAUACUUGAUAAUAAUGAUAAUAUACAGAAUUCACAAGAAUCAAAUAAAGGAAAGGAAGCAGAGCAGCAAUAUAUGAAAGAGGAUGAAGAUGUCCAAGAUGUUCAGUAUUUAGAAGACUUUGGUGAGGUGUCUAGUGAAAAUGGGGCACAACAAAAUAUUUCAGGGAACACAAAUGCAGAAGUAAAGGACCCGGUAACCAUUCCCGCUACAGAUCCAGAAAGCUUGUUGAAUGAAGCUUAUUUUGUAAACACUGCAAGUAAUAAGAGAAGGCCAAGUUCUUAUGCAUGUUCAUUUUGUGGUAAGAAUUAUAUGAAGUUGAAAACUCUAAGGGCGCACAUAAAGAACUCGCACCAACAAUCUGAACAACCAUACGCUUGUAACCAGUGCAAGGAAUCAUUUAAUUCUGAACACGAUCUUAAGCUGCAUUCAGCGUUACAUCCAAAGGGAUCCAUGUGGAAAUGCAAUAAAUGCGAGAAGGAGUUUCAUUCUAAAUCCAUGCUACGUCGCCAUAUCCAACGGCACAUGGAGUCAAAGCGGUACGCGUGUGAGACGUGCGGCAAGUUGUUCAUCGAACUGUACGCACUGCGGCGACACACGCGCGUGCACACCGGCGAACUCGUCGAAAAGAAACACAAGUGCCAUCUCUGCGAUAAGAGGUACCGCUGGAGCGCGCAGCUGUCGGCUCACGUGGCGCGUCACGCGGGCGCGCGGCCGUGCGCCUGCGCAUGCGGCAAGUCAUUCCCCACGCCGCGUCUGCUCGCCAGCCAUCAGCGCGUACACGACGACCGCAAGCCGCAUGCCUGCCACUACUGCGAUAAAAGGUUCCGGCACGAGUCGACGCGCAACACCCACCACCGCACACACACGGGCGAGAAGCCAUACGUUUGCUGCACUUGCGGGAAGGCUUUUAUACAAAACUCAAACCUCACACUGCACAUGCGCACUCACACCGGCGAGAAGCCGUACUCGUGUUCGAUGUGUUGGCGUAAGUUUUCGUCGAGCUCCACGUUGAAGGCGCAUUUGCGCAGUCACACUGGCGAACGACCAUAUGAGUGCAAAAUUUGUGGGAAAAGGUUCGCGCGUGUCCCACUACAAACGCACAUGCGGCUCCACACGGGCGAGCGGCCGCACCGCUGCAGCGCCUGCCCCAAGACCUUCGUCAACGCCUCGCGUCUGCGCGAACACGCGCACGUACAUACUGGUGAAAAACCAUUCGAAUGUGCUAUGUGCGCUCAAAUGUUUCCAACGAAAUCGCAUCUGGUAAAACACCUGAAAACCCACCAACCACAGAAGAAAUCCAAGCGAGUGGUGGUGUGCAAUCCCGAAAUAUUAGUCUCCAAUAAAAUUGUAAUCUCAGAGAACACAUCGACUAUUGAAGGGUUGAAAUCGGAGACUGUGAGAGCCGAGGACACGGCGUGCAGAAUAGUGAUAUUAGACUCAGAACAAGCACCCAUAGAGGUGCACCUGUCAUGUUAAAUAGGUAUUUGACUCUUAGCAAUGUUAUACAAAGUAGAUUGGACCAAAGUAUCAAUUAAUAUUUUAACUAGAUGAUAUAUAUAUAUCACGCUUCGUGAUUAUAUGGCCAUUUAAACACUAUUUGGUAGAUUUUUCUUUAUAUUAUGGAUUAUUAAUAAUUAAAUGUUUUGUAGAUUUCAUUUGCUAUAAAUAACAAGAAAAUAGGCAAGCUAUUUAUAGUUCACAAUAAUUUAUUGCAUAUGUUUGGUGUCUAAAUGGUAUUGUUAUUAGAACAUUUUAUAUAAAAUUAUAUUUUUGUGACGCUUCUGAGGUAGAUCGUAAAAUGGCAUUUGUGUCCUGAGUAUUUAUUAUGGGAUUUUGCAUUUGAAUAGAUAUUUCCUGAAUAGUAAAUGUAAUUAAUCAACGAUUGUUAAGGAAUAAGAAACCAUAAAUAUUUUAGUAAAAUAAAAAAUAUUUUAUUGACAUUGUUAAUUUGAAAUAUUAUCCCAUUUGUCAUUAUAAGUAUUAAAGUACUUAUUAAAAAUGUUUAUUACCUAA